UCCUUUCGCUUCCACCAUCUUCCUCUUUUGUCUCCAAGCGGAUCCACUCACCUCCCGCGUUCCAAUCCCCCAAAACCCUAUCAAGCAUCAGCACUUCGCAACACGCGGCCGAGCCCCACACUCAAAAGACCGCCCCAACAGUGAUUCCUGUCUCCCUCAAUCGCGACUUUCUUCUCCCCAUCCGUCGCUAUAAAUGACCUAAGGGUUCCCAUCACCGUCAUAUGAACCACCCCAACCCCCCUCCCUCCCUCGCCAAAGACCCUCCUGACGCGGACCAGGUCGCGCCCCGCGUCGCCGAUGCUGCCGCCGCCCCCAGAGAUUCUAGGGUUCUCGACAGAGCAGCGGCGGAGGCGGAUGCGGUCGUCGAGGCCGAGGGCGGAGUAGAGAAGAGGGCCGCCGAGGAAGGGGUUCACACGAUGGACACCGGAGAUGGGCCCCCGCCGACGCCGGCCACUGUGUUCCGCAUCCGGCUCAAGCAGUCCCCUUCUAGUCUGCGGCACAAGAUGAAUGUUCCCGAGCUCUGCCGCAACUUCAGUGCAGUCGCUUGGUGUGGGAAGCUGAAUGUUAUUGCUUGCGCUUCAGAGACGUGUGCAAGGAUACCAAGUUGGAAACAAAAUUCAUCUGGAAGCUCUAACGCAAAUCCUCCAUUUUGGAUUCCAAUACACAUUCUGAAUCCUGAGAGACCAACAGAGUGUUCUGUGUUCAAUGUGAAAGCAGAUUCUCCACGCGAUUCUGUUCAGUUUAUUGAAUGGUCUCCUAGGUCCUGCCCCCGUGCCUUAUUGGUUGCAAAUUUUCAUGGAAGGAUCACUAUAUGGACUCAGCCUUCUCAAGGCCCUAUUAAUCUAGUACGAGAUGCCAGCUGCUGGCAGUGCGAACAUGAAUGGCGACAAGAUCUUGCAGUUGUGACCAAAUGGUUGUCAGGGAUGAAUCCAUACCAUUGUCUUCCUUCAACUUCUAGCACCUGUGCUAACUUGAAGUCAACAUUUGAGGAAAAGUUUCUGUUGCAAAAGUCUCAAGUUUCAGUGAGAUGGCCCCAUUUUCUAUGUGUUUGCUCAGUUUUUUCAUCUGGAUCUGUCCAGCUUCACUGGGCACAAUGGCCUCCUCAAAGUGGUUCACAACCAAAAUGGUUUAGAACAAGCAAAGGAUUGCUAGGAGCUGGACCUAGUGGUAUAAUGGCUGCUGAUGCUAUCAUUACUGAGGCUGGGAGUAUGCAUGUUGCUGGUGUCCCACUUGUGAAUCCAUCCACUGUUGUUGUUUGGGAGGUGAUGCCAGGUCCAGGAAAUGGUAUUCAGGCAACUGCCAAGAUAAAUACAAGCAGCGCUGUUCCUCCAUCUUUAAAUCCCCCUUGCUGGACAGGUUUUGCACCUCUGGCUGCAUAUUUAUUUAGCUUACAACAGUAUUUUGUUUCUGAAGAGAAGCAAGGAAAGAAGCUCGCAGAUCAUGAGAUUAGUGAGGCUGCAUCUCUUCAUUGUUUACCGGUUUCAAAUUUUUCGGCAUAUGUGAGUCCUGAGGCUGCUGCCCAAUCUGCUGCUACCACAACAUGGGGUUCUGGAGUCACGGCAGUUGCUUUUGAUCCAACACAGGGAGGGUCGGUCAUUUCUGUAGUGAUAGUUGAAGGGCAGUAUAUGUCUCCGUAUGAUCCUGAUGAAGGACCUUCAAUUACUGGAUGGAGGGUCCAGUGUUGGGAAUCAUCUCUUCAACCUGUUGUUCUUCAUCCAAUUUUUGGAAAUCCUGCUUCCAGUUUUGGCGGGCAGUCCCCCAUGCAAACGGUGUGGUCGACCAGGGUGAAUAAAAGCAUUCCACCAACAGAUGAUUUAAGAAAUCCCCAAGCAUUUGCAUCUGCACCAACAAUAUCGGAUGAACGAAAUUCAUCUGAAAGUAGUGGUGAGAGGGCAAACAGGCUCAAUUUUGAUCCCUAUGAUCUGCCAAAUGAUGUUAGACAACUAGCUCAAAUAGUGUAUUCUGCUCAUGGCGGAGAGGUUGCUGUUGCAUUUCUUCGGGGCGGAGUCCACAUAUUUUCUGGGGAAAAUUUUAACCCAGUUGAUAGCUAUCACGCUAAUGUUGGUUCGACCAUUGCUGCACCUGCCUUCUCAUCCUCUGGCUGCUGCUUGGCUUCUGUUUGGCAUGAUGCCUCCAAGGAUCGCACUAUUUUGAAGAUAAUCCGUGUGCUUCCUCCUGCUAUUCCUAGCACGCAAUCAAAAGUCAACUCAGCAGCAUGGGAACGUGCUAUAGCAGACAGGUUUUGGUGGAGUCUUUUGUCUGGAGUUGAUUGGUGGGAUGCUGUUGGCUGUACACAGAGUGCUGCAGAGGAUGGCAUUGUGUCACUUUAUAGCGUGAUUGCUGUGUUGGAUGCGGACUUCCAUUCUCUUCCAUCCAUUCAACACAGGCAGCAGCACGGUCCUAACCUUGAUAGAGUAAAAUGCAGGCUUCUGGAAGGUACAAAUGCUCAAGAUGUUAGGGCACUUGUUUUGGAUAUGCAAGCAAGAUUAUUGCUGGAUAUGUUGAGCAAGGGGAUUGAAUCUGCCCUUGUAAAUCCUGCAACUUUGCUACCUGAGCCUUGGCAGGCUUCUGGUGAGACAUUAUCUAGCAUGGAUGCUGACAAAAUGAUAGUUGAACAAGCUUUGGUUCCAAGCAUCCAGGCAUAUGUUGAUGCUGUUCUUGAUCUAGCUUCACACUUCAUUACACGCUUGCGACGCUAUGCAAGUUUUUGCCGUACUUUGGCUAGUCAUGCAGUUGGGGCAUCUUCGGGUGCAGCUGGUGCUCGGAAUAUGGUGGCGAGUCCGUCUCAAAGUUCUGCAUCUCCAUCAACCAGUCAGGGUGCUCAAAGUGGAGUUACAAGUACGACUGGAAGCUCUCAAAUGCAAGCAUGGGUUCAAGGUGCAAUUGCUAAAAUCAGCAAUAAUGCUGAUGGAGGUUCCUCUACAGCAGCAAACCCCAUUAGUGGGCCAUCUUCCUUCAUGCCAAUUAGCAUUAACACAGGGACUUUUCCUGGAACGCCUGCUGUCAGGCUUAUCGGAGACUGCCAUUUUCUUCAUAAAUUAUGUCAAUUGUUGCUAUUUUGUUUAAUUUUUCGGCGAAAGCAAUCACCACGGUACAUUGGUAAUGUACAAAAGAAUCCUGAUUCUAAUUUACAAAAAGUUCAGCCUAUCGCUAACGGAAAAGUAGAGGAGAGCAGUGCAGUAACAAGACCAACUCUAGGUGUUGCUAAAUUAGAAGAAGGCCAGGUAGUUCGGGCUGGACAAUUGGUUCUUGGGGCAAAAGCGCUUGAGGAAGGUCCUACAAGCAAAUCUGUACGGUUAGGUUCUGGCAAUGCGGGUCAAGGAUACACAUCAGAUGAGGUGAAGGUCCUUUUCCUCAUACUGGUAGAUCUCUGUCGAAGAACAGCUAAUCUGCAACACCCAUUACCUCCCUCUCAGCUUGGUGCCAGCAAUAUUAUCAUACGGUUGCAUUAUAUUGAUGGAAGUUACACUGUGCUACCAGAGGUUGUAGAAGCAUCACUUGGCCCACACAUGCAGAAUAUGCCUCGUCCUAGAGGGGCUGAUGCUGCUGGGCUUCUACUCCGUGAGUUAGAACUCCACCCUCCAGCUGAAGAGUGGCAUAGACGCAAUAUGUUUGGUGGUCCCUGGUCAGAUCCGGAAAAUCUUGGUCCUUUGGAUAACAAAGCAAAACCAAAACUUUCUGGCUCUUUCAAUCCCUACGUUUCUGCUCUGGACAAAGAUUACAAUGACUAUUCUGGGUCUCAAGGCCUCUGGCCUAGGAAACGCAGGUUAUCUGAGAGAGAUGCAGCAUUUGGCUUGAAAACUUCAGUGGGUCUAGGAUCCUAUCUUGGUAUCAUGGGAUCUCGGAGGGAUGUCAUUACAGCUGUGUGGAGAACAGGCCUGGAAGGCGUCUGGUACAAGUGCAUACGGUGUUUGCGUCAGACAUGCGCAUUUGCACAGCCUGGUGAUCCUAAUCCUACAAAUGAACGUGAAGCAUGGUGGAUUAGCCGAUGGGCUCAUGGUUGCCCAAUGUGUGGUGGAACGUGGGUUCGAGUUGUUUAAUUUGCAAAGCUGUUAGUCCUCAGUUUGCCCACCUGAUCUUCCUCUAGCUUCAUCAUCCUGAUGCUUUUCCACUGCUCAAAUAUGUGAAGUUUUGUGCAUAUGUGAACUACUCUGUUAUGCAGUUACCAAUGUCCAUAUGUAUAUGGAAAAGGAGGGUGUGGUUUUUUUUCCCUAUUUCUUUCUUCAUCUUGAUCAUUGUUCACGAUGAGACCUUAGACAUGCCAUAGUUAUAAUACAAACUGGUAUUUAUAAUGGAAAUUUAAGAAACUUUUCCUGGAUA